UGAACUCUUCUAUUUUUACUUUUACGCACUGGGCACUGGGCAUCUGGGGGGGAUUAGGCUACGUGCGCACGAACAAACGCCAAAACCAUUACGUCUUCGAAGAGUUUUAGGGGAAAACAAACGGAAAAUGUGUUUCGGGAAAGGCAGCCUCCACAAACAAGACGGUAGCAGCCUUUGUGUGGUCAUUUGUGCAGUGUUGGUUGCGCAGAAAGUAAAGUAAAACGCGUUAACAUCACUGGAGAAAGUUUGGAUUUAGGGUCUGGAAAAUGUACUGGUCUGGUAUGAGUCAUGGUUCUUUCUAGCUGCUGUCGAGUCCCAAGUUAUUCCUGCUUCUGUGCUUUUUUUUUAGAUGACAAUAUCAACAUGAACUUGGUGUAUUCAGUCUGUAAAAGGGCCAAAUUGAGCCACAAGAUGAAACACGGCGUACGGUGUUUGUUUAUCUUACCUUUCUUGCUCUUUGUCAUCUACUUCACUGUGCCGUCCUUAAGGUUUUUCAUAGGGCUUGUCCCGAUGGAUAAGUGUACCCUGGAGAGUGCAAAGAUCCUCUAUUUGGACAACAGCGUGGAUGCUACCCUCAAUCUGCAAUCCAGAGGUGACGUCCAAACCUGCACUACAUGGAAGGCUCCGAUCAUUUGGGAGGGCAUGUUUGAAGAAUAUCUUUAUGAUGAGGCUCAUAAAAGGAAAAGGUCAUCUGUGGCCGUCACUGUGUUUGCAGUUGGAAAGUACCUUGAAGCUUACCUGGAGACCUUCUUGAACUCCUCCGAACAGCACUUCAUGUUGGGACUUCCCGUCACCUACUACGUCUUCACGGACAAGCCCGAAAAGGUCCCGCACAUUUUACUUGGUCCCAAACGCAGCUUAAAAAUCCUCAAAGUUGACCGUCAUUCCCGGUGGCAGGAUAUUUCCAUGAUGCGAAUGAAAUCAAUAUCUGAUAUAAUCGAGACCGAAAUCCGUCACAAUUUCACAUACGUUUUUUGCUUUGACGUUGAUCAAACGUUCGCAGGGAGAUUCGGUUCAGAGGCGCUGGGCGAUUCUGUGGCUCUCCUCCACGCAUACUAUUACCGAUUGCCCAAACAUAUGUAUACCUAUGACCGCAAUCCCCUCUCAAAAGCUUACAUGGACACUGGAGAUUUCUACUAUCACGCAGCUGUGUUCGGAGGUACGUGGAAAACUGUGAAAACUAUUACCGACGCAUGCUACGAGAGCAUCAUGGCUGACAAAGAGAACAAUGUAGAGGCGCUAUGGCAUGACGAAAGCCAUCUUAAUAAAUAUUUUUGGAUGAAUAAACCAAGUAGGCUGCUCUCCCCCGAAUACUGCUGGGAUGAAAGUAUUGGACAUAGGACUGACAUACGAGUGAAGAGGUUACUAUGGGCACCCAAAGACUAUAAAAACCUCAGGAUAAAUCAUUAAAUGUAGGCUUAAGAAAAGUAUUUUGCACUGUAACUUAUCAGGGGCAUUGUUAUUGUUUACUAUUGUGAUGAUUAUGUAGCUGAAAACUGUUUCAACAAAGGUACUCAAUGUACAAAAUAAUUAAAGGUACAGCAUGUAACUUUUCUGAUGGAGGGUCAGCCAGAUUUUUUGCCUGUUCCACAGUAUGACAUUAAACUUUUCUAUAUCCAUGGAUGCAAGCAAGUGACGAGGCGAUGAGGCGAGUCUGGUAACCGAAAAGUAAGAUUGCAAGAUUGUACUUAAGGGAUUUUUAAAAAUGUUUUUACUUGCAAGAUCAAUAGGUUAAAUGCCAUACUGUGCAAUAUUUCCGGCAAAGCGAGCUCCUUAUUUCUUGACUCUGCACAUGAUAAAAAAACAAAACAAAAAAACCCCACAAGUAAAAUGAGUAAAAUGUAUUCUACCACUACCCUUUGGUACUGGCAACUAACAAAGGAGUGGAUUAUAAUAAUUUACUCAUUGGGGGGGGGGGGGGAGACCCUAAAAUCGUUUAUUAAUGCUGAAUUUUGAUGGGGGAAAAUAUUUUAAGCAUUUUAACAGAGAUUAGAUUUGUGAUUUUGGUUGGAAAAUCAAGAUUCGAUUCAAAGUAAAAAUGUAAGAAUUAUUAUUUGAGAGAAAACUGGAAUCAUGCAUUUCUGGGAAGUCUAAACUACAGGGUUCACAAGUUUUGGAGAAUAGACACCAGCUUCUGUGAUUUAGAGAAUUUUACAACAUGUUUACCCUUUACCCAAUGUUUAUUUAGCUGUAAGAAAUAACUAAAGAGAAUUGGGCUUUAAUAGAGACCUAAAAAAAAAACAGACCUAAAAUAGCAAACAAAAAUACAACAGUGAAAAAAAAAAUUAAUUAAAGGUGCCCUAUGUAACUUUUCUCGUGGAGGCUUGGUCACCUGCUUCUCUCAUGAAAAUGUUAUUGCUUUGCCUGGAAUGUUCCAUAGUAUUGUUUAUAUCUGUCUUUCAUGUAUUCGUUUACAGGUAUUUUUAUUGACAAUACUUGUUUGGAGGAGUCUUUAUGGUAGUUUUUUUUGCCUCUUGAUGAAACACUCCAGGAAAAAUGACAACUUUUCCACAGACGAUAGAAGGUUUGGUAAAUGUUGCCAAUAGAAAACUAGUAUAAUAAUAAUUUUGUUGUUGCUAAAUGACCACAGGCAGCUCUUGUCUGAAACUAAAUUCUCACUUCCUUUCAAUUCCUCUCUUUUUACUCUUUUACUUGCACUGAUUUGCGAUUUGCAAAGUAUUCAAAUGCACUGAGUGACACACUGUCAACAUGGAGAAUGUCUACUUUUUGUCCUAAUUAUGCUGUUCUGUUUUGUGUGAAAAGGAAUACUGUGUCUGUGCUCAAAGUCCUUAUAGUGCAUGUGACAGGUCAGACGUCUAUUAGGCCUGUCACAAUAACAAAUUUUGAAGUACAAUAUAUUAAUGCAGAGAAAUAUUGAGAAAAAUGAUAAUAUUGAAACUAUUUAUGUCACAAGUUAAGAUUUAAAUAAUGCAAGAUAAUCCUAGUAAGCCAUCUUUGAAUAGAUGAUGUGUCAAUAAUUUGCUAAUUCACAAACACACUUAAUCUCAGGUACUAUCCCACCAAACCAAAGUACUAAUUAGAAAAAAAUAUAUUACUGUCAAAUGCACUUUAAGGAUGGUUCGAUGAGUUCUGUUAUUUGUUACUGUUGUGGCUGAUAACUCAUUUUUGAUGAUUUUGUCAGUGUUUUAAUAUUUAAUUAUAAAAGGUACACGGAUUUAAAUAAAGUUUUCAGUAAAGUUC